AUAAAACUAAAGCACUUCGAAAAGUAUUUGACGCAAAAGUAAAUUUACUCAAUACAAUUGAAGAAGCAAAAACAAUCUUCAACGCUCUAAAUAUACAACAUACCUUUGAUAAACUUUACGAAGUACUUGACGGAACGCAAGAUACUUCUGAAGAAGAAAGUGAAUAUCACCAAGACGACCACGAUAUAAAAGAUACGUAG